CCCUAUUUAAGAACUUACCUAUAGCCCUAUACUAUACCUUUCUCAAACACUUUUCCUCUUCAACUUCCAACACCAAACAACUGACACAUUCUCUCAACAAACCUAAUCUCUCUUUCAUGGCUACCCUUUUUUCUAUGUCCUCCAUCACUUGUCUCAGCUGAGAAAGUAAAAAAUAAUAAUAUUUAUUUUUUUCAUUAUUUUAAUUGCAUUAUUUUUUUUUAUCCUAUAGUAUCAUUCACUUUAUAUAAGAGUUUCCUACCUAGCUAGCUAGUUACAUUCUAGAUAUUGUUUGUUUCUUAGCCACACUCUCUAUACUAGACUGAGACUCUCUAGCUUUCAUUUACAUUGAAGAAAUUACUAAAACCUAAACAACAAAAUAUAUUUCUGACACACCUACAACUACCUCAAAAACCUUAACAAUGUCUAGUAGAAGAUCUCGUUCGAGACAAUCCGGUGUUUCCACUGAAAUUUCUGAUGCUCAAAUUAAUGAUUUGGUUACCAAGUUACAACAACUUAUCCCUGAACUUGCAAGGCGUUCCAACAAGGUUUCAGCUGCUAAAGUGUUACAAGAGACUUGCAAUUACAUCAAAAACUUGCAUAGAGAGGUUGAUGAUCUAAGCGACCGAUUGUCACAACUUUUGGACACCAUAGACCCUAACAGUGCUCAAGCAGCUAUCAUUAGAAGCUUACUUAUGUGAUAAUUAAUUAAUAUAUCAAAUAAAUUAAGUGGUGCACAUGCCUUUUAAUAUGUCUCACUAGCUAGUAGUAGUAUUUUAUAAUUUGUCAACUACUAGCGUAACGUUUUCCAUUUUUCUUUAAUUAAUUUUUAUAAGAAACUCCAUAGUGAGAUUGUGAGUCUUAGCACAACGGUAAGGUUGUUGGUUGUUAGUGUGAUAUGUAGGUCACGUUUAACUUACAAGGAGAACAAAGCCAUAUGAGCUAUAUGUAUCAUGCAUUAUUAACCGUCCUUUCCAUAUUUUGUAGCAACUAUCAUUAUAAUUAAUUAAUUCGUCAUUA